GCUCGGUCAAUCGUGUUUACGUUUGGUUUCCGCUGGCUGUAACUGUUCAAACUUCUUCUUCAAAUCUCUUCAAUUUUAAGAGUUUAAACAGGCCAAAAUGGGGAAAGCUGAUUUCCUGUCACCCAAGGCAAUAAGCAACCGGAUAAAAUCCAAAGGUCUCCAGAAACUUAGAUGGUAUUGUCAAAUGUGUCAAAAACAAUGCCGAGAUGAGAAUGGCUUCAAGUGUCACUGCAUGUCCGAGUCCCACCAGAGGCAGCUGCUGCUGGCCUCGGAGUGCCCGCACAGAUUUAUGGACUUUUUCUCCAAUGAGUUCAAGAGUGGCUUUUUGGAGCUGCUGCGGCGACGUUUUGGGACCAAGCGUGUGCACAACAACAUCAUUUACAACGAGUACAUCAGUGACCGCGAACACAUCCACAUGAACGCCACGCGCUGGGAGACGCUCACCGACUUCACCAAGUGGCUGGGACGCCAAGGUCUCUGCAAGGUGGACGAGACGCCGAAAGGCUGGUACAUCCAGUACAUCGACCGCGACCCCGAGACCAUCCGCCGCCAGGAGGAGCUGGCAAGGAGGAAGAAGCACGAGCUGGACGACGAGGAGCGUAGCGCCAAGUUCAUCGAGGAGCAGGUCCGAAGAGGCCGUGGCGACAAGGAGGAGGGGGAAGAUCCAGUUUACACCGAGCUGAAGCGAGAGAAUGAAGAGGAAAAAGUUGCUUUCAACUUGGGCGCUGGUACAUCACUGGCUGGUCCUUCCACAUCAAGCUCUCUGCUGUCCCCCAGCGCUCUGGCGAAGGCAUCGUCAGCAAAGAGGAAAGAGCCGUCCUCCGCUUCCAACUCGCGGAACAAGAAGCAGAAGUCCGCCCUGGAGCAGAUCAUUGAGAUGGAGGAGAGGAAGAAACAACAGCAGCCGGUCAAGACCGACGAUUGGCUGCAGCCCAACAUCGUGGUCAAGGUGGUCACCAAGAGGCUUGGCGACAAGUACCACAAGAAGAAGGCCGUCGUCAUGGAGGUGCGAGAGAAAUUCUCGGCGGUGGUUAAGAUGAUCGACUCCGGGGACAAACUCAAGCUGGACCAGAACCAUGUGGAGACGGUGAUACCGGCUCCAGGAAAACGUGUGAUGAUCGUGAAUGGAAACUUCCGCAACACCGAGGCCGUGCUGGAGGGCAUCAACGAGAAGAACUUCUGCGCGUCGCUCACGCUCGAUUCCGGUCCACAGAAAGGAAAGCGAGUGGAUGUCGCCUAUGAGGACUUCUCCAAACUGGCUUGAACAAACGUUUUUUUCCCCCUCCUCCUCAUUUUCUAAAGAACUCUACUAUGUCAGAGUUAGUUAGUAUAAAAAUCAGACAUUUUCUCAUCUUGGAGCCACAACUUUUUUUUUUUUUUUGGUCACACACAAGACAAACCAACCAAUUGUACAGAUGACAUUUAGCUUUCAAUAAAUUCAACAUGACAGAUUCAACUUCAUUAUUGUGACUAUAGAAUUAAGGAACUCACAAAUAUGUCAUCUGUGGGGGGAAAGCCUUUUUUAAAUUUUUUUUAUUUUGUUGUUGUUGAGGACUCUAUUUCAAUUAGAGGAAGCUGUCGGGGUCGGGCACAAUGUAGGCGCUGUAGUGGCCGUCGAUGAAUCCUUUGCCGCUGUUGUGCACGAACCAGCAGUUGACGUCGGUGCCGCGUCGCUUGUCCUGCCUGUAGUCCUUCUGCCAGCCCCUGGCGAGCACAGCCAGCAGAUGCCACCGUCAAAAAACAAAACUUGUAACUUGGGGGUAGGGGUGAAGCGCUACCUGGUGACUUGCAGUUUGUUGCCCUUCACCUCCAUGGUGGCUUCCUUCUUUAGGGGAUCGGCGCCGUCGUGGAUGUCGUAAAUGAUUACUUCGGGCUCUUGGGAGAACUGACCUAAGCGACCAAACACACACACACACACACACACACACACACACAUUUAACCAUUUUGUAUUCCCAAUAAAUCAUAUUUCUGUACAUUUUCUUUGUUGUUAACCUCAGUACCUCUACAACAAACGCUUGUGUGUUUUAAUGUCUUCAAAUGAGUCAAUGUUGAAGUCUCCAGUCUAUAAAGAAUGUUUUCCAAUUGGCUAACACUGGUACCUUGACUUGCGUUUUUAAGCUUGAAAGUAAUUGAUUCAAAUACCAUUCAUCUGUUCCUGCCCCCCCCUAAAAAAAUUGUUUUUUAAAUAAAACACCACCACAUUUAUUAGCACGUGGUUAGUUCAGUUAACGGCUUCUCCAUGUUCUUUACGAGUGGUUUCAUUUUCUCUUUGUUUGUUUGUCCCGGUCAAUAAACAGCUGAAAAUGCUUCA